CCCGACCGCGCACGCGCCGUGCCCGGGCAUCAAGGGGCGGCGGGCCCCUCUACUCCCUCGGCUCCGGCUCUAUGGUGGGGCGGGAGCGCGGGCGAGGGAGGCAGCAUGGGGGACACCUCGAGCCCGGUCAGCGUCAUCCUGGUGAGCUCCGGCAGCCGCGGCAACAAGCUGCUCUUCCGCUUCCCCUUCCAGCGGGGCCCCGGCAACCCGGCUGCCCAGAUCGGGAAGUCAAGGAGCAGGUAUGCAGUAAACAGCAUUGGUGAGAACAUAGAAGAUCUGGAUGGAGAUUCCAGAGAGCCCCGUCCUCUCACUGACGAGCAGGUGGCAUCAGGGUUUUCAGAUGUCAUUCUGGCAACAAUUUUAGCUACUAAAUCGGAUAUGUGUGGUAAAAAGUUUGAGCUGAAGAUUGAUAACAUCUGUUUUGUUGGGCACCCAACUCUGCUGCAGCAUGCCUUUGGCCAGGUAUCGAAGACAGAUCCCUCUCCCAAGAGGGAGAUGCCCACCAUGAUUCUCUUCAAUGUGGUCUUUGCUUUAAGGGCUACUGCGGACCCCUCGGUGAUCAAUUGCCUGCAUAACCUCUCCCGGCGCAUCGCCAUUGUGCUUCAGCAUGAAGAGAGACGCUGCCAGUAUCUCACCAGGGAGGCCAAACUCAUCCUGGCCAUUCAAGAUGAGGUUUCAGCCAUGUCAGAAACAAGAGAUGGCCCUCAGUCACCUUUCCCUCACAUUCUUCCCAAGUGCAAGCUGGCCAGAGACCUUAAAGAGGCUUAUGACAGUCUCUGCACAACAGGGUUGGUCCAGCUACAUAUCAACAACUGGCUAGAAGUGAGUUUCUGCCUGCCUCAUAAAAUCCAUGAUGUGGCGUCCAAUUUCAUCCCCCCAGAAGCCAUUGAAAGGAGCUUGAAAGCUAUUCGGCCUUACCACGCCUUAUUGCUGCUUAAAGAUGAGAAGUCCCUCCUCAGUGAACUGCCCCUGGAUUGCUCCCCUGCCCUGGUGCGAGUGAUCAGGACUGCCUCUGCUGUGAAGAACCUCCAACAGCUGGCCCAGGAUGCUGACCUGGCGCUGCUCCAGGUGUUUCAGCUGGCUGCACACCUGGUCUACUGGGGGAAGGCCCUCAUGGUCUAUCCCCUGUGUGAGAACAAUGUCUACAUGCUCUCCCCCAAUGCCAGCGUCUGCCUUUACUCCCCUCUGGCAAAGGAGUUCUCCGGUCAGUUUCCAGGCCAUGAUCUACCUGCAGUUCUGUCCAAGUUCUCCUGGCCAGUUUCUCUGUCUGAGUUCAAGGAUCCUCUUGCUCCAGCAAUUCAGGAGACACAUCUUAUCCGGAUGGUGGCCUGGAUGCUUCAACACCGGCUUCUCAUCCAGUUGCACAGCUAUGCCUGCUUAAUGGUUCCCCCAAAGGAGGAGGAGGACGAGGAGGACGAGGAGGAGGAGGAGGAGGAGGAAGAGGAAGGUUUUCGAGCCAGAGUAGAAGAACUACCCUUUCCUGCCCGGGUUGGGGGCCGAAGCCUCAGCACUCCCAGCGCACUCAGUUUCGGUUCUCCAACCAGCAGUGAUGACAUGACCCUGACAAGCCCCAGCAUGGACAACUCCAGUGCAGAGCUGCUGCCUGGUGCGGAGUCUCCAGUGAACAAGCGCAUGACGGAGAACCUCCUGACCAGCCUCUCGGAGCAUGAGCGGGAAGCCAUUCUCAGUGUCCCGGCAGCUCACAAUCCAGAGGACCUGCGCAUGUUUGCCAGGCUGCUGCACUAUUUCCGGGGACGGCAUCACUUGGAGGAGAUCAUGUACAACGAGAAUAUGCGCCGCUCCCACUUGCUCAUGCUCUUUGACAAGUUCCGUAGCGUGCUGGUGGUGACCAACCACGAGGACCCCAUCAUCUCAGCCUUUCAGUCCCUCCAGAAGUGAGGAGGGGGAGGCUUGCUCAGGGCCAGGAAGGAGCCAGGUGGAGUCUGGUGGCCUAAGGGCCCAAGCUAGAUGCCGCUGUCUUGAGCUUUGAGGGAGCAUCUUCUGCUUGAAAGUACAGGAGGCCUGUUUCCUAGCCCAGGCGCUUCCAGGCAUUGCUGCCUGGUGGCCUCGUGUUCAUUCCCCUUGGGGGGCUGCAGCCUUCUUUGGAUCCCCCGGCAUAACCCACACUGAAGGGGAGAGAGGGAAGGAGGGCUUGCAGGGAUGGGACUCGGCAUUGCAGCGCUGUCUUCCCACCCCAAAUCAUGGAGUGGGGGAAAGGGCUGCUGUUCUUUGGCUUUUAAAGGCAGGAAAACGUGUGCUAUAACAAUGAAAAUCAGGCAAAGGUG